AUGACACCAAAGCUAAGAGAUUCAGAUGAUCCUGCUGUGAUUUGCCAAAGUGAACUCAAAUCUAAUCUAAAGAAGAAGUUUCAAUGUGUAUUUGAGGGGAUCGCUAAACAAGGAAACCCAACACUUCUCAAUAAGAUCUACACCGAGCUCUACAUCACAGAGGGUGGAACAGGAGAGGUCAARAAUGAACAUGAGCUGAGACAGAUUGAGACAACAACCAGGAAACAAGCAAGACCAGAGACUGCAAUCAAAUGUAACGACAUCUUCAAACCCUUAACUGGACAAGACAAACUUAUCAGAACUGUGCUGACAAAGGGAGUCGCUGGCAUUGGAAAAACAGUCUCUGUGCAGAAGUUCAUUCUGGACUGGGCUGAAGGAAAAGCAAAUCAGGAUGUCCAAUUUGUAUUUUCAUUUCCUUUCCGGGAGCUGAAUUUGAUAAAAGGGGACAAACACACUUUUAUUGAACUUCUUAAUCACUUCUCAAUGGAAACCAAACAAUCAAUAAUCUCCAACUUCAACAAGUACAAAGUUCUGUUCAUCUUUGAUGGUCUGGAUGAGUGCCGACUGCCCCUAGACUUCCAGAAGAACAAGAUCUGUUGGGACGUGACAGAGUCAACCUCAGUGGAUGUUCUGCUGACAAAUCUCAUCAAGGGAAAUCUGCUUCCCUCUGCUCUCCUCUGGAUAACUACACGACCUGCCGCAGCCAAUAAGAUCCCUUCAGGGUGUGUUGACCAGGUGACAGAGGUACGAGGGUUCAAUGACCCACAGAAGGAGGAGUACUUCAGGAAGAGAUUCAGUGAUGAGGACCUGGCCAGCAGAAUCAUCUCACACAUAAAGACAUCAAGGAGCCUCCACAUCAUGUGCCACAUUCCAGUCUUCUGUUGGAUUUCUGCAAUAGUCCUUGAACACAUGCUGAAACAUAAGAGAGAAGAGAUGCCKAAGACUCUGACUGAGAUGUACACACACCUUGUGGUGUUUCAUACCAAACAGAAGAAUGAAAAGUACCUUGGGAAAGAAGAGACAGGUCCACAVUGGAAUAAAGAGAGCAUUCUGUCACUGGGAAAACUGGCUUUUCAACAGCUUGUGAAHGGCAAUCUGAUUUUCUAUGAAGGAGACCUGAAGGAGGCUGGCAUUGAUGUCAAUGAAGCCUCAGUGUACUCAGGAUUGUGCACACAGCUCUUUAAAGAGGAAUGUGUGCUGUACCAGAACAAGGUGUACUGCUUUGUUCAUCUGAGCAUUCAGGAGUUUCUGGCUGCUGUAUAUGUGUUCCUCUCAUUCAUCAACAACAAUGAGAAUCUAAUGGACAAACUGCAAACAAAAGACAAGUCUGAAGUUACUUUCUACAAGAGUGCUGUGGAAAAGCCUUACAAAGCGUGGCACCGGAAAGCUGGACACCUGUUUUCCUCGCUCCUUUGGCCUUCAUGA